AUGUCUGCUAAACCUAUCAGAGAAUAUGAUGGCAAGCUUUUACUAGCUUAUCAUCUCUUACGUGCUCCUCUCGUGGGCACUCAAGAAGGCGCCACUGCAUCAUUAUUCCAACCUGCUGCUACCAAGUUGGCGCAAGUCAGUGUUGACACUUCUCUCUUAGGUGAUGACGCCGCUUUUCAAAACGCCUUGAAACAACAACUUGAUAAUCUUGAACAAACUCACCCUUGGUUGUUGACCGAUAAAUUGGUUGCUAAGCCUGAUCAAUUGAUCAAACGUAGAGGAAAGCAUGGUCUUUUGGCUCUUAAUAAGGAUUGGACUGAUGCUCGUAAAUGGAUUGAAGAACGCGCCGGAAAGGAAAUUAAGAUUGAAAGAACGACUGGUAUUCUCAAAACCUUCUUGAUUGAGCCUUUCACUCCUCACCCGGAUAAUACCGAAUAUUACAUCUGUAUAAACUCCGUUCGUGAAGGCGAUUAUAUCCUCUUCACUCAUGAAGGUGGAAUUGAAGUUGGCGAUGUCGAUGCCAAGGCACUGAAGCUCUUGAUACCCGUUGCUUCCGCUGAAUUUCCCUCUGCCGAUACCAUCAAACAAACUCUCCUCAAAGAUGUACCCGAAUUCAAGCGUGAUGUUUUGGUCGAUUUCAUCCGUCGUCUCUAUGCUGUCUAUGUCGAUCUUCACUUCACUUACCUUGAAAUCAAUCCUUUGGUCGUUACUGACCCUGUUGAGGGUCAAACUCCUCAAGUGAUGUACCUUGAUCUAGCUGCUAAGCUUGAUCAAACUGCUGAAUUUGAGGCUGGUCCUAAGUGGGCUAUUGGUAGAGCUCCUCAAAACAUUGGCCUUGCUGUCUCCUCCGAUACCCAAAAUGUUGAUCAAGGCCCUCCCAUGGAAUUCCCUGCUCCUUUCGGUCGUGAACUUACCCGUGAAGAAGCCUAUAUUCAAGAAUUAGACGGCAAGACCGGUGCUUCCCUCAAAUUGACUGUUCUCAACAAAGAUGGCCGUAUUUGGACUAUGGUUGCUGGUGGUGGUGCUUCCGUUGUCUACUCUGAUGCUAUUGCCGCUUUAGGUUAUGCUAAUGAACUUGCUAACUAUGGUGAAUACUCGGGUGCACCCACCGAAACCCAAACCUACGAAUAUGCCAAGACGAUCUUGGAUUUAAUGACUCGCGGCGAAGUCAAUCCUCAAGGCAAACUUCUCUUCAUUGGUGGUGGUAUUGCCAACUUCACCAACGUUGCUACUACAUUCAAGGGUAUUAUUCGCGCUUUGACCGAGUUCAAGCAGGCUCUUAUCAACCAUAAGGUACGCAUUUUCAUUCGUCGUGGUGGUCCCAACUAUCAAGAAGGUCUUCGUGCCAUGCGUCAAUUAGGUGAAACUUUAGGCGUUGAAAUUCAAGUUUUCGGUCCUGAAACCCACAUCACCGAUAUUGUUCCCUUGGCCUUAGAGGGUAAGGCUACUACUCUUCAAAACAACAACAGCGGUGCCUCUUCUGGUAAUCUUUUCCAAGAUCAAAUCUUUGGUUCUACCAAUGCUUCUGGUGCCAACACUCCCAAGCUUGCUAUAGCCGAAGACAACACUACUCCCACCAACCCUAACGACCGUAUGACUUACUUCCCUGAACAGCAAGAACAAACAUCCGAAUGGUACAGACCUUUCACCUCAAAGACCCGUGCGUUCGUCUACGGUAUGCAGCCUCGUGCUGUUCAAGGUAUGCUCGAUUUUGACUUUAUGUGUAAGCGUGAAUCACCUUCUGUCGCCGCUAUGGUCUAUCCCUUCGGCGGUUCUCAUGUUCAAAAGUUCUACUGGGGUACCAAGGAAACUUUGAUUCCUGUCUUCACUUCUUUAAAGGAUGCUGUUGAAAAGUUUCCUGACGUCGACGUAGUUGUUAACUUUGCUUCUUGCCGUUCUGUUUUCGAUUCAACUCGUGAAAUCUUUGGUUAUCCUCAAAUCAAGACCAUCGCUAUCAUCGCGGAAGGUGUACCUGAACGCCGUGCUCGUCAACUGUUGCAUGAAGCUGAAGCACGUAAGGUCCUCGUCAUUGGUCCUGCUACUGUCGGCGGCAUCAAGCCAGGUUGCUUCAAGAUCGGUAAUACUGGUGGUAUGAUGGAUAACAUUGUUUCUUCUAAGCUUUACAGACCUGGUUCGGUUGGCUAUGUCUCCAAGUCAGGUGGCAUGUCAAACGAAUUGAACAAUAUCAUUUCCCGUACUACUGACGGUGUCUAUGAAGGUGUUGCCAUUGGUGGUGACCGUUACCCCGGUUCUACUUUCAUUGAUCACUUAUUACGUUAUGAAGAAGACCCUAACUGUAAGAUGCUUGUUUUGCUCGGUGAAGUCGGUGGUAUUGAAGAAUACCGUGUCAUCGAAGCUGUUAAGAACGGCACUAUCAAGAAGCCUAUUGUUGCUUGGGCUAUUGGUACUUGUGCAAAGAUGUUCACCACUGACGUACAAUUUGGCCAUGCUGGUUCUAUGGCCAACUCGGAUAUGGAAACUGCUGAUGCCAAGAAUAAGGCUAUGCGUGCUGCUGGUAUUGUCGUUCCUGAAACCUUCGAACAAUUGCCCUUAGCCCUUGCCGAAACUUACAAUAAGCUUGUUAAGGAUGGCAUCAUUACUCCCCGUGCCGAGCCUGAAAUCCCCAAGAUCCCUAUUGAUUACUCUUGGGCUCAAGAACUUGGUCUGGUUCGUAAGCCUGCCAGCUUCGUUUCUACUAUUGUUGAUGACAGAGGUCAAGAAUUGUUGUAUGCUGGUAUGAGAAUUACUGAUGUCUUUAAGGAAAAUGUUGGCAUCGGUGGUGUUCUCUCUCUCCUGUGGUUCAAGCGCAGGCUUCCUGAUUAUGCUUGCAAAUUCAUUGAAAUGGUCUUGAUGUUAACAGCUGAUCAUGGUCCUGCUGUCUCCGGUGCUAUGAAUACCAUCAUCACUACUCGUGCUGGUAAAGAUUUAAUUUCUUCGCUCGUUUCAGGUCUUCUCACUAUCGGUGAACGUUUCGGUGGUGCUUUAGAUGGUGCUGCUACAAACUUCACCAAGGCAUACGACAGUGGCUUGACUCCUCGUGAAUUUGUUACCUCCAUGCGUAAAGCUAACAAAUUGAUCCCAGGUAUCGGUCAUAAGAUCAAAUCCCGUACCAACCCUGACAUGCGUGUUGAACUAGUCAAGGAUUACGUCAAGAAGAACUUCCCUCAUACACCUAUCUUAGAUUAUGCUUUGAAGGUUGAAGAAAUUACAACAAGCAAGAAGGAUAACUUGAUCUUGAACGUCGAUGGUUGUAUUGCGGUUUCAUUUGUUGAUCUCUUACGUGAAUCUGGUGCUUUCACUCAUGAUGAAGCUGAAGAAUACAUGCGUAUCGGUACUUUGAAUGGUCUCUUUGUUCUUGGUCGCUCCCUCGGUUUCAUUGGUCAUCAUUUGGAUCAGAAGCGUUUGAAACAAGGUCUUUACAGACAUCCUUGGGAUGAUAUUUCAUACCUUUUACCUUCUUUGGAUCCUGAAACUUUGGACCCUCGCCGAGUCAACGCUCGUGUUAAUGUUCAAGCUAAGCACUAA